ACACUUGUAUUAUUAAUUCAUCUUAUCUCUACCAACUUGUUUUUUAAUAUACAUAAGGACUGUUCUUCAACGGGUAGAUUAUAAUAAAAGUGUUUGUUUUGGGAAGAAAGUGAAAACCUUGGUUCGAUCGCCAUGGCAGCAUCAUCUCUUCUUUCUUCCAUCUCCAUCUCCCAUACCAGUUCCACAAAUACAUCUCAGACACUGGGUUUUGUUAACCCAACAAUCAUAUCUCAACAAAAGCCUCAAUAUCAUCAAUCCUCGUUCCCAGGCAACCUCAGAACCUCUGCUAAGAAAAGAUCAAGGGCCUUGGUUGUUCAUGCCACUCCGGAAGUUGCUGGGGAUUUUCUUUCGGGGUUUCUUCCGUUUUUGCCAUCUUCUGAAGAUAAUUCUUGGUUGGCGUGGGCUACGGGAUUGUGUGUGGCAAUACCUUUGAUUACAGCAAGAUUAUUGACAUUGUCAAGUGAGGAUCGAUUGUUGUUUAGAAAAAAUAUUGUGUUUUUUAAUUUUUUGGAGUUUUGUGAUGGGUGUUUAAUUUUGGAGUUGGUCCGAUCCGGUACAGAGCAAGUUGAGGCGGCGGCGGAGACGGUGGAGAAGGUGGCGGAUGUGGUAGGGAACGUGGCGCACGAAGUCGACAAGGCGGCGGAGGGUUUCAAGGAGAAUCUUCCGGCCGGCAAACUCAAAGACAUCGUGGAGGCCAUCGAACAUGUUGCCGAGGAAACUGCAAAAGAUGCUCAGAUAGUUGAAGACCUUAUGGACAAGGUGGAGGAAUUGGAUGAUAAAUUGGAGGAGUUCCUUCACCACGGAUCUAACCAGCCAGCUGCAAAGACAUCGCCGGUUGAGGAGAAGAAACCCUAAUUUUGAUUAAUGAAAAAUGGUUUCUUGUUUUGUAGACAGAGUAGACUAUGAAAUGUUCACUUGUUUGACUAUUGUGCUCCUGUCAUAAAUAUAUUUGUAGAAAAAAUAACGUUAUUUUAUUUUCUAGUUCUAGUGAUAUUUUCGGACAAUAAACUCUUUUAUAUUGUUUAGUCACUCA